CAGCAUCCACUACAAAGGCACUUAGAGCAAAUGAGCUAUGUUUUGGACUUUCUAUCAAUCCAUGCACAUAACAAGAUAUUAAAUGGAAACCUCCGGUGGAAAGAUGGGUCCAAUUACAAAAUGAUGGCUCUGUCAUUAGCAGUUCAAAAUCAGUCACUGUUGGAGGUCUCAUUAGAUAUAGUCUAGGGAACUGUUUGGAUGUUGAUAAAACCUAAAUCGGUGCUAUUAACCCUUCAUAUUUAGGUUUUCCUGAUAAUCCGUGUGCAUAAUUAGAAGAAUAUCGUCGAUUGCAGCCCUAUUCAGUUCCUAUUUGAUUAUGUUGUUAUUUUAGGGUCCUUUAGACGAUACAUGUGAAUUAGGUACGAAAAAGGUGCACAAGUGUAGAAAAAGAGGCAAAAACAAAGAUCAUGGCUAACAAAGCUAAGAUCCCAGCCUUUAGAGCCAAGAUCCUAGCCAUAAAGAGUGGGCAUGAACUAUAGCACAAGAUUGCAGCCUGCAGUGCAAAGAUCCUAACCGCGAUCUUUUGCUUCUCACCCGUGAACUUGACAUGAAGAUCGCAGCCUCAAGUUCACGACCACGAACUUUGAAGCCAAGGGUGUGAACUUCACAAGAGGCCAGCUCGGGGGAAGCAGAAAGUUUUGGCCAUCGUUUUAUGGUCCACGGCUUCCGUGCCCGUGGCACCCCGGAUCGUGACCGCGAUGUUUGGCAGUGAACUCCAUAUUUAGCAAGGCAAAAAUGGUGACCCUCAAAGAUCGCAACCUCUACCCCCAAGAUCCCAACCGCGAUCUUCUACACCUUGCUUGAGAACUUGCCCUUAAGAUCGCAGCUUCUAAAUCGCGGGCACGAUCUUUAGCCCCUUACCCGUGAACUUGUCCGUGUCUGCAAAAUUCUAUAAAUUGGGGACUCCUCCCCAUUUAGAAGAUGGAUUUUGGAAAAUUUCUGAUUCUAGAGAGAGAUUAGAGAGAGAAGCUGAAGAGGAGGAGAAGAAGUGGAGGAGGACUUCCAUCACUUGAAAACCCCUUUUUAUGAUUUCUUCUCCCUCUUUGUAUGUCUUUUCUUCCCCGCUUCAUGGGGUGAUCUCCCAAGGUACUAAGGGUUUAAAUCCCCAAACCCUAGUUUUAGGACUAUUAUAUAGAUGAAUGAAUACGUUAGGGUUUUGAAUGAAUGUAUUUGUCUAGUUGAUUUUAAUACUUCUCUAGCUUUAAUUAUGCUUGGGUAAGUUGUCCUAAUCUUCUCAACUAGCCUACUUGAGCUUCUACGCUGGGUAAAUUUUUUUAAGGUUAGACAGGUAUGAGCCAUCUGGCAUAUUAGGGUUAGAUGAAUGAAUAGGGUCUUGUGGUGGACGAGGCGAGCGAACCCCUGCCACAAGAACGCCUUCCUAGAUGGAACCCGGGAUGAAACAUCGGUAUGGACGGUGGGUAGUACCCAUUGAAAGGAGCUAAGUUUUUAAAGCCCCAGAUAUGUAAGCCUAUACCGAGGUGACAAUGGGCUAGGUAUGGCAUGCUCGGAGGUGUGUGGAUAAUCACGAUGGCCCAUGGAAAAGAGCUCACUCACCACGUUCGCUUAACCUGACAUAUGUAAACGUUUGCAUGAUAGACCUAGACUAGGGCGAGGGAGUUACCCCGAGUACCUCUUCUCAUAUAUUGAUUUUUAGUUUAGGGAUCACCAACUGCCCACCUUCUAAGUAACACGUUGACUAGACAAAACCUAAGUAGCUUAGGAUAUCGUGCCCUUUGGAAUACGACCGAGCCACUUUACUACAUCCCUAGCUUGGUUAUACUUGGCCUUGUUAGGAUUGACUAGUGAGUGCACUUCGAAUUUAUUAAUUUAAAGCUUGCACCCACCAAAUGCCUUUUCUUGCAACCUUAGGGAGUGCUCUAUCACUUGUGCAGAACUUAAGGGAGUUGCGAAAGGUCUCGACAGAGCAUGGCGGAAAGUCUAAAGGAAGAUUAAACUCAAUCUGGAUUCCAUGACAGUGUUAGCAUCAUGAACAAUUGGGUGGAUGGCAACCAUCAUCAUGGAAUCCUUGCUGCAAAGUUAGGGGAGCUGAUGAGUCGGGAGAUGGAGGUCAAGGUUAGUCAUGUUUAUAAAGAGCACAACAAGUCAUCUGACUUCCUAGCCUCUAGAGGCCAUUCUUUUCAUUUUGGCAUUCAUCAUAUCAGUGUAUGUAAGCCUAAUCUUAGACAUUGGCUUUUGUAUGACAUUUGGGAUAACCAUGCCUCGUUCUAUUAUUAAUAUGAACUAGGACUACAUCGUCCAACUUUCUAUAAAAAAUACAUUUGGCAAUAAUGACCUUGCCAUCCCACAACACUGAACAUCCGAUAAACUCAUAUUCAUAAUCGCAUCUAGUAGUACUAAUGCCUCAUGAUUCGUGACUACAAAAUAGGCUUAGGCCUUGAUCAUGCGCGGCCGGAGGGACGAACCAAACCCUCACUUCCAAGUGGCGGCUCUUGUGAAACCUUCUGGUAAGUGGAACAUUGUGGCCUUACGCUAAUUGCUUACAGAAGAUGUUGUUUUGCAUGUAUUGGGUGUGAACCCCCCACAGGAUAAUGCAGGACAUGAUUCGUCGACUUGGAGACCAGAGCAAGAUUGAAGAUUCCAUGUUCCCCCGGCUUACAUUAUCGCUGCAGAUCUGAACAAAUUCUCAUCACAGGAGAUGGCAAGGCUCGGCCCGGGUUCGUCACUUCCUCUGGCUGGCGGCCCGAGAUCACAUCCUCAACAAUUCAGAACACGAUCGACGCCAUUUGAAUUCCUUAGCCUUGUACCCUAACUGCAAGGCUAUCCUAGAAACAAUCAUGCAUGUGUUGCAGGACUUCCCUUUUUCCAGGUUAACUUGGUUGCACAUCAUUCACCCUUCUGAAUACAAGACAUUUCCGGACUUCCUUUCCAGGAUUUACUUCUGAGAUAUCUUCGACAGAAGCACACGAGCCUCAUGUUCGACAUUACUUGAUGGCAUGGUAAAGAAAACCGUACCGGACAUCAUACCGGAUUCUUUUCUGGUAUGGUAUUUUGUGGUACGACCGUGGUUCAACCGUUUUGUACCGGUAAAUACCGUUUUUCACUAUUGAUAGAGAAAUGAAAUGCGAUAGUAUAAAAAAUAUAAUCCAUCAAAAAAAGAACCAAAUAGAGCAUUAUACAACCACGGUGACCCAUUUUCAACAUAGAAAAAUAGCAAAAUAAUAUAUUUUUUAAUUAUUUUCCACAUAUUGGACGAGAAUACGGAGAAAUGAAGCUGAAUCAUAGACCAGGAAACCGGAUCAUACCAGCCGGUUCAACCGGUCAAACCGAAAAAACCGGCCGGCACGGUAAAAUCAGCACAAUCAGCCCACCGUACCGCUUUUGGUCCAAUUUCCGGUUGAACCGGCCGGUACGAUCCGGUUUCCUGGUCUAUGCUUGAUGGUCCCUUUGGCGGACCAGGAACGACCGAGUCUUUGCGGGCAAAGUCGUCUCAGCUGAAGUCUUUCUAUAGCGUGUCCAGACAUGGAUUAAUGUAGUGCAGACUGCCAUGGACAAUGAUAAGGCUAUCCAUUAGCCUAAUCCAUCUGCUAGAAUGGGGAGCUGAUCUCGUGGAUGCUGCCUCCUCCCGAGUGGGUCACUCUCAACUCCAACGGCUCUGUCAUUCCUGAAUCAGGUUAUGCAACUGCUGGUGCCUUGAUUAUAGAUCACACUAGAUACUGCAUUGCAAUGUUUGUUAUUAAUCUCGGAAUUUGCUCCAUCACCCUAGCUGAGUUGGGAGGCACAGUAGAGGGAUUUCAAUUGGCUUGGGAACUUGGCUACCAUCAGGUCAACGUUCAGCUUGAACGCAGGUGCGCCGUGCAGAUCCUCUAGAGGUGGCAUGACGAUGAUCAUCAUCAUUCAAACAGUUACCCAACUUUUCCAGGCGAUGUUAGAGAGAGAUUGGGAUGUGUCUUUAUCUUAUGCUUCUAGAAAAGGUAAUAAGUGUGUGGACUAUAUUGCUAGUGGAGGCCAUAAGAUGCCUUUGGGGUUUCAGUCUUUCCUUUUUUUUUUAUCACACCCUUGUAUCCUGAAUUAUGCACGACUUACAAAGCUCUCCGAACCCAAUUUGAUUUUGAAUCAAAGUUGAAAUUCUCUGCAUCCAUUUAUAAAAGAAAAAAAAAAAAAAACAAGCCUAGCCCAUGUGCCCGUCUUAAACGUGAAAAUGUUCAGAUUAGUUAACGGCCCAAUUCGUUGGACUUACCCACUGACCUUGUAUCGUCCUGAUCCAUCUAGUGCUUCCCCUCGACACAGUCCUCGUCUCUUCCCUUGCUUUCAAUUCUCGCACCCAAGCAUUUUUUUCUUUUCUGAAUUCCUCCGUAACACCACAACCUCAACUUCUCUCGAAUCCGUUCUCUAUACAAUUUCGCUGUUUGAGGCUUGCAGGGAGGAAUUGUCGUCUUGGGGUGAUGCCGGACGGCGAGAGCGGUUGACGGAAUUGCUAUACCGAGGUCAGAAUCUUGGUUUUGUGGCACAUUCCGUGGGUGCGGUUCUUGGUUUAGGCAUUAGAGGAGCUCGCACGCAUCGUUCAAUUUUGCGCAUCUUUUGAUUGACGAGUUAGGGUUCCUCUUCCUUUGUUGUGAUCGUGUUCUUGAUGAAUGGCCUAGUUAAUGUUCUUAGCUAGUAGCCAUCGAACCGUUCCGGAGCUAAUUCUUUAUUGUUCGUGUCUUUAGCUUUCACCAGUAGCCAAUUGCCUUCGCUGGUCGCAUUUGUUUUGAUCUUGAGAUCGAAAUCAGGCGUUGCAUUCUAAUAUGGAUCCUCAGCACUUGGCAGAAACCCUCAAGUAUGCUACUUUGUGGAUUUUAUUCUUUAUUAAGCUGUUAAACCGUUUGAAACUGAAUCGGGUAUUUCUGUGGUUUACAUUGCCGCAGGCAUUUGUCAAAGCAAGAUGAGCUAUUGAGGGAAGUUUUGGGUUCGUUGCAGGGUGAGCUGACCAAGCUCAAGGUCAGUUUAGCUUGCUACCUUGUUCUCCUAUUAUUUUCGUCUUAGAUGUUGUUUUGGUACCGGCUAAAGUUGAACGUGAAGAUGAUUUCCUUGCUUAUCUCGAUCAAAAUCUGAGAGAAGCACUUGACUUGGUCCUUGGAUUCAGCUAAUAAAUUAGAUGUCAAGCAAGGUCUGAUCAAGUAGUAGGUAUUGAUCAACUUUCAACUGAAAAGGCUUAAGGUCAGAAAAUUUGCUAUGACUAGUAAGUACAGUAGGAUGAAGUAUUGGUUUGGCAUUGCAGGGAUCUGUGCCAUUCAUCUGUGUUUCUUUUCUCUUGGGUUAACCACUGAAAAAUACCAUGUUGAUCUUUGUGCUGGUUUAUUUUUGCAGGCCGAGGAGCUAAUGCUGAUGGAGAAAUACAGUCAACUAAAGAAUCCUCUUGAACUAAUCAUACGGGUAUUUAUUAUUGCCUGAAUCUAAAUUGCUGUUGUUCCCUCUGUUUUGAUGAGUUUCCCCCCCCCCCCCCCCCCCCCCCCCCCCCCCAUUACUGGGAGAAUCAAAGCGUAGGUUCUGUGCUGUCGAUCUCGUAACUAGAAAGGAUAUUGCCCAAGAUUGGCUUUUGGUCUCCAUGGUGUUGGUUGUUUAGCUAUGAUUCAUUUUUACCUUUCAGUGUGUCAUCCCUUGCCUCAAUGCUCAAUUUGCUUCUUGUUGGAUGUUUAGCUUAUGAUUCUUGUUUUUGGUAGAGCGAGGAGGAUGGUAAUGGACUUUAUGGAGAAACUGGGCAGACCGAGGAGGACGGCAAUGGACUUGAUGGCCAAACUGGGCAGACCAUUCCUUUACUUACAUCCGGCACAAACGACUCUGUUGGUGAUGAAGUAGAUCACACAGUCACCUCUAACAAAGAUAAGUAAUCUCAGUCGUGAAUUUAUGAGCUUUCUGCUCAUGUUCUUGUGUAGGCACAAUUUUGUUGAUGAAAUUCAUAUGUACCGCUUCCACAAGUGAGAAUUAAACGUCGCAACAUUUUAUCUAAGACUUGUAUUUGUUGAAGAGGAGGAGAAAAGCCAUGCAUGCGAGACAACUGAUGUGUAUCCCAUGGAGCAACCCGUUACUGAAUGAUGAUAGCGUGCUCUAAUAUAGUGCAUUUGAUUUUUCAUGUCAUACUGUGGGUUGGGUUUUGAUGUAAUGGAGCUUUUAUUGUAUCUAUCUCGUCUUUCUUACAUAAUAGAUAUGCGCACGCUUGCGCUUCGCACCCAGUGGUAUAGAACACUCUAAAUGUGUUAGUAUGAAAUUAGUAAAAUGUAACUCAAACAGCAAGAAAAUCCGAAUUGUGGGAGAGCUCCAAAGUCAUUUGACUCGCUGGUCAAUGAGGUUAUGGAUCAAAGAAUGAUGAUCUACAUAUUUGGAGCUCAACAAUUAUUAAUCAGAGAAUUUACGAAAUUGUGGAAGAGCUCCAAAGUCAAAAUGUAACUCCCUAAACAACAAGAAAAAUCCCAAAAGUGUGGGAGAGCUCCAAAGUCAUUUGUACUCGAUGGUCAAUGAGGUUAUGAAUAAGAGGAUGAUGAUCCGUAUAUUUGGAGCUUGACAAUUAUUAAUUAGAGGAUUUACAAAAAUUUUGCAUUUGAAAUUGAAAAAAUCAAUGAGAAAAAAGGUGGAAGAACGUACUUCUGUGAUUUCAAGGCCACUUCCACUCUCUAAAUAGGGAGCGAGAGAUUUCUUCGUGGCCUUUCUGUAUGAACUAAACCGAGAAAGAGAUUACUAAAAAUGCAAAACCAAAUGCAAACAAAUAUAUCGAUUUCAACACAACAAAAAUAUGCUUAGUGAACACAACAUAUAUCUGAGGUUUUCUUCGUGGUUUUCCUAUUUGAGUUUGAGUGAGAGUUAUGAUUAAAGAUGUAAAAUCAAAUACGAAAAAGUAGAACGAUUGAUCACAUAACAACAAAAUUAUGCUUAAUAAAUAGUAGCACAUAUUAGGAGAAUAACAAACCAAAAUAAAAAAGAUGGAUUAAUAAAAGAAGAAAAUAGAGACUUGAAAAAAUAAAAGUAAAGACAUAAUAAAAGGGCUCACAUUAUUAAUGCCAUCAAAGGGCCUACAUAAUAAAAUAGAGAAUUGAUCACACCUAAAGGCAAGAAAAAUACAAGGAACCCGUGAAGUGUGUAACUGAAACAAUGCAUUUUGUGUCAAUGUCACGUUUUCACUGUACACAUCACUGUCGUGAAGUGUGGCCCUGAAGAUUGCACUGCUGAUAUAAAUUUGAAGAGUGAACAGAUUUCAAGGAGAGAAGAGUGUUAGAGAGAAAUUUGAGUCUUCUUUUCAUUCUAGAUAUAGAGGAAGUGACUAACCAAGGAAGAUUGAAGAGGAAUUUACCUACCUCAAACUAAAAGAGGCCAGAUUUCAACUUCAACACCAUCCCAAGCAACUAGGAAGAAGGAGAUUCAUCUUUUCAUAGGUUUUUCCUUCUCUUUAGUUGUAGUUCUUUCUCUAGGCAUGGAGUAUAUUUUCCAUUCACUUUGAUGAUGUGGACCUUAGUCUAGGAUGUUGUAGUUUGAUGAUUGUGAACUCUAUGUUAUAAUUGACAUGUUUGAUUAUAUGUUGAUUGGAUAUUUAGCAUGAUAAUUGAGAGUCCUUGAUCAAUUCCCUCAAUUUUGCAACUAAUUAACCUAAGAAAGAGAGGAUCUCCUUAGGUAAUUUGGGUCACUAUUCAAUCAUCGUAAGGGAUCCAUGAACGAUGGUGCUUGGUUUCUUUACGUCGUCCCGGGUCAUCACUAGAGGGAGUGGAUUUGGUUGUCCUAAUUGCCUAAUUUGAUAGUUGUGUACACCUUUACGAUUAGGCGGGUUAUGACAACUUGAAUAGGGACUCCUAACUAGCUUUGAUCUUCUAAAGGUAUAUAUAUAUAUAUAUAUAUAUAUAUAUGGGUCACACUCGUAUGCGUCAGACACAUACUAUGCGACAGGAUUUCUACACCGUAGAUCUAAUCUAACGGUGUUUAAUAAUUGGAAUUAAAUUAUUUAAUUUUUACAAUUUUUAAAUGAUUACUUGGUCCUAUUACUUUUUUAUGCGUACCCUUUAACCCCUAAACAAACUUUUCAACAUAUUUUCGAAUUAUAGUACCAAAUUUUAUUCUAAUCAUGUCUCCAAUCCAUUAAGUUAUAUUUACUUACAAUUUUAGUUUGGUGAUUUAUUCCUUUUCCCACUCAUGUCAACGCUCAAACCCCCUUUCCAAUUGCUGUCUGUAGUGGCUAACGAACCCUCUCCUCUCAUCCUGGCUAUCGAUUGAAGCAAUUGGAUUUUGCGCUUCCCAUCGAUGUUUAAUCCCUCUAUGGAUUAAGAGAGUGAUCUGUUCGAGGCAUGAUGGAUUGAAUCUUGUGCUCGAGAGGCGGAUGAGGAAGGAUCGGAGAAGUGAAGAGUGCAGACUCGAGAGGUGGGCCGAAGUGCGGAUCGCCCAUAGCGGUGGGUAGGUACGCUGCCGUACGCUGCCGUCAAUUGACGGUGAACGACUAUGACCUUUACGUCCUGUAAACAAUGACUAAGGCUGAAAUGGAGAGAGGGGAUUGGGUCUCGUCAAGGGAAUUCUCUUGGUCGGAGUCCAGAAUCGUAACGGAGUGAGAAAGUUUGGACGAUGAAGAGAGACGACCGUCGGAUUAUGGUGGUGAUGGCGGCAACUGGAAUUGGCAAUUUGGGGGGCUAGGGAAGACAACGAUACAUGAAAGGGAAUUCUCUUGGUCGGAGUCCAGAAUAGUGAGAAAGUUUGGACGAUGAAGAGAGACGGCCGUCGGAUUACGAUGGUGAUGGCGGCAACUGGAUAAUUGGGAUUUGGGAAUUUGGGGGGCUAGGGAAGACGACGAUACAUGAAAAAACGGCAUCGUUUUGUGCUCGUCUCUGAAUCGAAAGUGGCCUGGAGAACGGCGUCGUUCUAUAUGUGUAGCUGAAAACAAUUUUUUUUUUGUAAUGGAGUGAGGUUCGAACCAGCGUCCUGGUCAUUACCAUGGGCAUUCUUCACCAUCCAUGCUGAACAAGGAUUUUGAUUCAAUAUACUUCCACUGUUAUAUUUAUAACUAUAAAAUGAGUUCUUGUAA